AUGUCUGCAAGCUCUGAGAUCAAGUACUAUCAUCACGGGCGCUUCCGCGUUGCUGGAGGUGUCCUUCCGGACGCUAUCACUGCAUAUCGUACCUAUGGCGACCCGGCGAACCCAUGUAUUGUGUUCCCCACCUGCUACGGUGGUCGGCUUGACAACGUGGGCUUGCUAGGCCAGGACUACAUGAUUGGCGAGAACAAGCCUCUUAACCCGCGGAAGUACUACAUUGUUACUCUGGCUCUGUUCUCGAACGGGGAGUCCUCCUCUCCCUCCAAUACGCCUGUGCCGUAUAACGGACCAUACUUCCCUGCUGUAUCUUAUGAAGACAACGUUCUCGCUCAGUAUGCAGUCCUGACCAAAGAGCUCGGGGUGAAGAAGGCGUUCUGUGUCAUCGGGUUCUCUAUGGGCGGUCAGCAGGCGUACUAUUGGCCAGUGAUGUACCCAGACUUCGUCGAGAAGUUCAUUUCAAUCUGUGGUUCUGCGCGUACGAGUCCCCAUAACAUAUGCUUCCUUGAGGGCCCCAAGGCGGCCCUCGUGGCUUCUAAGGACUUCCAGAACGGCCACUACACCACGCAGCCGCAAGUUGGCCUCCGUGCGUUCGGUCGGGUGUAUAGCGCAUGGGCGUACGGGCAGACCUGGUUCCGCAACCACGGGUAUCUAGAGAACGGAAAGUACGCGUCCCUAGAUGACUUCUUACGUGCUGAGUGGGAAGGCGGCUACCUGGAGUGGGACGCGAACGACCUGCUCACGCUACUGGAUACAUGGCAGACUGGCGACAUCACCACCGUUAGCGGCGUAGCAGGUGCAGGGAAUUUCACUAACUGUCUUGCGAGCAUCAAGCCCAAGGGCCUCAUAAUGCCGUGCAAGAGUGAUCUGUACUUCCCGCCCGAGGAUAGCGAGAUUGAGGUAGCGCUCAUGAAGAAUGGUUCCAGGCUUGUCGUCAUUCCUUCCGUCUGGGGACACAUGGCUGGCGGUGGGUCAAACGAGGAAGACGACGCGUUCAUCAAGGCGUCAGUUGAGAAGUUCUUAGAUGAGGAUUGA